AUGAGUCCAUGGGUCGGAUCUGGAUCUCAAACGUCGGGAACUAGUAUUCCUAUAACAGAAUUAGACUCGAAAGUAGUAGCAAAGUAUAUGGAGGAUGUAAGAGAAAAAGCUCAAGCAAUCUUUCUACAUUAUAAGAGGCUUUAUAAACCUGGCGAGGUGAAGUUUGAGACCUUGCUGCUUGAAUAUGAAAAUAUCUCGGCCGGACUUGUAGACUAUGUAAGAAAAUCAAGUGUAAGAAGCUUAGUGCUCGGAUCUGAAUCACUUAAUCGGAUUUGGAGAUCUGUAUUGCUAAAUUGUGGUGAUUCGAGGGCUGUUCUUUGUCGAGGGAAAGCACCCAUGCCGUUGUCUGUAGACCAUAAACCUGAUCGAAAAGAUGAAUGGGAUAGGAUAGAAGCUGCUGAUGGCAAAGUCAUACAGUGGAAUGGAUAUCGUGUUUUUGGUGAUCUUGCUAUGUCGAGAUCAAUCGGUGAUCGUUAUUUGAAACCAUGGAUUAUACCAGACCCAGAAGUGACAAUCGUUCAGCGGGCAAAAGACGACGAUUGUCUUAUACUUGCCAGUGACGGUUUAUGGGACGUAUUGAGCAACGAAGAAGCGUGUGACGCAGCACGAAGGAGAAUUCUUCUAUGGCAUAAAAAGAACGGCGCUAACAUCACACCGGACAGAGGCAACAGUGUCGAUUUAGCCGCUCAAGCAGCUGCAGAUUACCUCUCAAAGCUUGCUCUCCAAAAGGGAAGUAAAGACAACAUUACUGUCAUUGUGGUUGACUUGAAGCCUCAUAGGAAGUUAAAAACCAAAACAUGAAAGGUAAAAAAUGUUCCUCAUUUUGGCAAAAUGUCAAUUCUUUUUUUCUUUUUUUUUUUUUUGACAUGUAGUUAUAUGAGGUAGAAAAUAUAUGUCAGCAGCAUUACAUUACAUAAUGAUGGAUUGUAACAUAUAUUUUUAUGCCCAUCUUUUAAAAAUGGGCUGAUUGUAGCUGAAGAACAUGUAUAGUAUAUUUCAGGACCAACCAGAGUAUGGGAUUGUGUUGGCAUUAGUUCUAACUAAAACAUUUCAUAAUCAUUUUUAGUAUUAGACUAUAUGUUCGAUGCAAAUGUCGAGAAUACGAGUGUUUGUGGUCAUUAUUGUGCGUAUUAGGGAGUGGGAUGGCAUCUUGUUUAUGUGCGGGAUAUUUUGUCCCGAAUAU